AUGGCUCCAGGCGCUGUGAAGAAGCCCGUCAACAUCUUCAAGCUACACGAAGUCGACGAGCCCAAGGGUGUUUUCAACUGGCGACUAUGGUUUGCUGUGUUUGCCUUUGGUCUUAUGGGCGCUGCCCGUGGAAUUGACGAGGGCCUCAUCUCGGGCGCCUUCAAGUCCAAGGACUUCCAGAAAUACAUCCACUUCAAGGACUACUCUCUUGUUGAGCAGGCCAACAUCAAGGCCAAUGUCUCAGCAAUGGUCCAGAUCGGCUGUAUAGGUCGUAUCUGGGCUACUCGACAACUGUGCAUAGUUUGGAUCGUCGGCAUCAUUAUCUUCAUGGCCAACGGAGGCAGUCUCGGGGCUAUAUACUGUGAACGCUUCAUUGCAGGUCUAGGAAUUGGUCAGACAGCCGUUGUAGGACCCGUCUAUCUCGCCGAGAUUGCCCCCUCGGCUGUGCGUGGUCUCUGCACUUGUGUCUUCUCCGGCUUCGUCUACCUGGGCAUCGUCCUGGCCUACUUUGCCAACUACGGCUGCGCCCGACACAUGGGCGACAACACUCACGCUCGAUGGCUGGUUCCCACCAGUAUCCACAUCAUGUUUGCUGGGCUGAUCUUUGCCCUUAGCUUCUUCGUCGACGAAUCUCCUCGUUUCCUCAUCAAAAAGGGCCAGACCGAAAAGGCAAUCACUGCCAUGGCCCGCCUGCGACAACAAGACCCCGAGUCCGACUACAUCGUCCGCGAAAUCACCGCCAUCCAGGCCGCCCACGAGCACGAGCUUGAGAGCGUCAACACCUCUUUCCUCGGAACUUGCAAGGAGCUCUUCCUCAACUCCAGUAACCUCUACCGUCUAUACCUCGCCAGCAUGGUCCAAGUCCUUGCGCAGUGGUCCGGAGCUGGUGCCAUCACUCUCUACGCCCCUGACCUGUUCGAGCUCCUCGGCAUCAAAGGCUCAGAGACCGGUCUUCUCGUCACUGCUUUAUUCGGUAUCGUCAAACUUGCUUCAGCCAUUACUUGUGCCCUUUUCCUUGUUGACGUCAUCGGUCGCAAGCGUGCUCUCAUGGGCGGCAUCGCCCUCCAGACUUUUGCGAUGAUCUACGUCGCCUCAUUCCUCACAGCCGUCCCCGAGCCUCACUCCUCCUCCCCCGCUGCGAGAGGGGCAAUGGCUAUGUUAUAUAUUUCCGGGAUAGGGUGGGCUCUUGGUUGGAACACAAUGUCCUACAUCCUCACCGCCGAGCUGUUCCCUCUCCGUGUCCGAGCCUUCGCCACUUCUUUCGCCAUGACUCUUCACUUCCUAUGUCAGUACGGCAGUAGUCGAACAACACCCAAUAUGCUUCUACCCACUGCCGAGGGCGGCAUUAACCCCAAUGGCGCGUUCUGGACGUAUGCUACUAUUCUGGCUGUUGGUGGUAUUUGGGUUAUUAUUUCUGUUCCCGAAACUGCCGGUCGUUCUCUCGAGAGUAUGGACCGACUUUUUGACCUUCCCUGGUACAAGAUCGGCUUGUUCGGUAACCGCGAUGCCGAGGAGCAGGAUGCUGCUUAUAAUGAGAAGGAGGAGAUGGCCAUGAACUCACAUGGUCAGGCUGUUUAUAUUGAGAACAAGACUAAGGAGAUGGCAUAA